GAGCGGGUCACAGCGUCACAGGCUGCAAAUAAGAAUUAUCCAGGCCCUCCCAACACAAAGCACCAGUCACUUGUUGAUCGAGGCGACUAAACCCCAGCACUGCCUGCACCAUUGCAACAACCCGGCCAGGCAAGCCAAUAGAACAUAGUAUACCAUAUCAUCAUCCAACAACAAUAACAAACAAGCAUGGCUGCGGCAGUGGGCAGUGACGAGACCUCUUGGUCGUUGUCGGUCAAGGCGAUUGGGAGCACGCUGAAAGAGUGCACGACAGGAGGACAUGACAGUGAGGCGGAAAAGAAUUUUACAGUGACUGUGUCUCCCGAGGAUACGCUUCACAAGUUGUACGAUCAGAUUGAAGAGAUCACUGGCUUGAAAGCGUCGCAACAGCGCUUGAUUUAUCGAGGACGAUUGAUUGAAAAUUUGGAGGAGCAGAAUAAUAGUGAAGAGACUACUGCAAGACUCAAGGUGGAUCCCGAUGAACAACCCAAAGUCAAGGACAUUGUCGGAUUGGGCGAUGGACACACCAUUCAUCUCGUCAAGCGAAAAGAGACGCCGCAAAGUGAGAAUGCCAACAACAACAACAGCAGCAGCACGUCAGCGACGACAGCCACAACCACUGGGUCAUCCACAUUGGACCGUGACGAGAGUUUAUCAGGGAAUGGCACCGCGUCGCUGUUGGCCGCGUUGAUUGGCUUGGGUGGAUUGGAUGAUGGAGACACGAACGAUGCAACCGCCGCAACUAGCACUGGCCGAAACCGUCUGGGCUGGAGAGGAGGACGUUUGGGACGCAGCCGUCGACCUCACUAUCGUCUUACCGCAGAGGACUUGCAAUCACCCGACCCUGGGACGCUCGAACCUGUGCGUCAGGGACUCAUGACAAUUCAUACAAUGCUCCCUCAUGCACAAGUUUCGGAAACGCAUGAUAUGAUGUCACCACUAGAUGCCAAUCGCCGCUGGUAUCGCGGACAGUGGAUUGAUGUGCGAGACACGGUCAACCAAUGGCUAGAAGCAACCGUUGUCGAUAUUAUGACUCCGGAUGAAAUUUUACCAGCCAAAGAGGAAAAUGAUCAAGGCGAUGCCGGAAAUAUUCCAAUUUUGGAACCCGCCACGGACCCUGCCGUCAGUGCGGGAGAUUUGGACGGCCGUAGACGUCUCUUGCUGGAACCCUGCGAUGAGGGUGAUUCCGAUGAUGAGGGAGGUGAAUUGGCGGGAUUUCGACGAAGGAGGACCAAUGGGGGCGUGCAGCUCUUACUAAUUCAUUACAAUGGUUGGCCCCACCGUUGGGAUGAGUGGGUCCGGUCGGAUUCCGAGCGCAUUCGUCCCUUUCGAACUCGCACCCGUCAUCCGAGUAUGGCCAACCAUUCUUCUCCCACAACUCAGUCUUCGUUCAAUGAGUCCCCUUCAACUCACAUUGUGGACACGGACAACACUCUAGAGCGGCCAGCCAUUUUGCCAGAACUCUCAAGAGCAGUCGCCGCCAUUAAUGAUCUACUGUCGGUCGUAGCGGCCGAAGAAUCGGCACAGCUCACGCCAGAUCGUCAAGAUGAUUUGCCCUGGGCGAUGCGAUCCAACAACACUACCAAUACUACCACUGGAACAGGCGUGCUGGAUAGCGAUGACAAUGACGAUGAUGAACUAGAGGAUCUCCCACCGCUCGAAGCGGAAGACGCAAACGAGGAAAACGCAGCGGCAGCGGAAUUAUCUUCGUCGUCCAAUACGCAUCACAACGAGCCUCGGCUGCGACGCCGUCAAUUGCAAUUGCUGGCGCCACUCUUGGAUCGGUUGGGUCGAACUCUCAUUGAUGCCGCUCCGCAUGUGGCAGCGCUCGCUAAUUCGUCACCCACACCAGACAAUGACACGGAAGAGAGCAUUUCCACGGCAGAAGCCGUUGUGGCGCCAGCAGCGGCAUCGGAAGACAACCCGAGUACGUUGGGAGGAUUGCUGUCGCUUUUGAGCCGCGACCGAAACCGUCAAACCAACAAUGCUUCUUCGGAGGAAAACGACGGUGCAUCGCCAUCCAAUACGAUUCAAACUUGGCCAGUGGAUCCGGACUAUGUCGACUUUGCGACUGGAGUGGUCAACACUACGCGUGGUGAAGUUCGGAGCGGUCCUCGCAGCCGAACCCCAAAUGAUGAUGUCGCUGGGCUUUUGGGAGCCUACUUGGCAGCGGCGUCUUUGGGCUUGAAUGCUGGAGGCGGUGGGUCUUCGUCAGGAGUUGGCGAUGCAGACAAUAACAACAGCAACAAUGACGAUGCCAGUAAUGUUUUGGGUCUUGGACGGUUGCUACGGGACCGUGGAGGAAAUGGAGGGGGAAAUGGCGGUGCAGGGAUAGACAUUCACAUCCACGCAGUAGUGACGGCUCCUGGAAUGCCCCCCACAGCGAUUGGCGGAGUCACAGGAGGCGCCGCCGGUGGUCCUGGCGGUUUGGGAUUUGCUACCCUUGGUAAUGCCACCACCGGCACGAUUGCAGGCACACGCAACUCAUUGUCUCCAACUCGCGAACGCCGUGGCAGUGGAGCUAAUUCGUUGUUGCGGCUUCGAACGCCUGCGUCGGCAGAGGAAGAUGAUGACCUUGGACUCUUCUCAGAUUUGUACAGUGAAUCACCCGAACCAUUGGAUCCCAGUGGAAGCCCAGACAACAAUACACGAGGAGGAAGGGACGAUGGUGCGACGGUACUCGACAACGACUUUUUGUCACGCUUGGGCGGCACCCCGACCAGACCCAGUACCCAGACAUCAGGGCGUGGCGACCCUCACGGUGCCUCGCCUAGCCGGCACAGCAGUGCCAGUGAUUCCUCUUCCCGAAGAAGCAGUACCAAUGGCGCCAGCCCUCGUCGCGGUAGUAUGCUGGGGCGUUUGUUCCGCAGAAGCCGCCGAGGCAGCAGCAGCUAAGUGAAGCACCACUUACUUCAACCCUGGAUGGAGGGUGCAUCACGAAAUCUAUUUCAUGAGUAAAUAAUAUAGAAAAGGAAUCUCUUGAUGGCAAGUCACUGGAUCAUAUCAUAGGUCGACUUUUGCACCGACUUGCUCGUUAGCACGAGGAUU